GGCGUAUUGCAAAUUAUAUUCAAAAUGUAUCCUGACACAAUAUUACUUCGUCACAAUAGAGGCGAAACGCCAACUGAAUACCUAAUUUAAUCAUUUGGCGACAAAAUGUGGGUAUAACUAUGCUAAUACAACUUUCUACAUUUCCCAAUAAAGACACCAUAAGUGAUUUCCCAAUUAUAGCGCGGAACACUAAAAAGAAAAAGUCAUAAAUACAAAAAUUUACAAAAGCGGUAAAACUCAAAACCUUGUCCAUCGACGCCAUUAUGGAAAUUAAAAAAAAGUUGCUCGAUCAAAGCGCGCAAUGGAACGUACGCAUGCGUAGACACGUUAAGUUCUUUACUGUGGAAGAAAGUAGGUUCAUAUAAAACGGCUUGCGAGUCUGUGGCUCGCUUAGUUUAACCUUGAGAAGGACCGAGAAAGCACCGCGCGCGGUCCAAAAUGGCGGCGAAAAGUUUAUUUUUAAUUUUACUCGUAGUUUUUAGUAGGGUCGAAAGUGCAAGUUUGCUAGAAAGAUCCUAUGAAUUUGUUAUGGGUCUGGGGAAGAAUUUGGCGCCCAGUUUUAUGUCUAUUUUGGACUGUUUGGGGGAAGAUGAUGCCUGGAAUUGUGCGAAGGUUAAGGCGGGAAAAAUUUUGGACUCUUGGGACGAGGAAGUGGAUAAACAAAGGAAGAGUUGGCAAGCGGCGGCAGAUGCUGAAGCCAGUUCUUCCGGCAGGUCCAUGGAGGAGCUACCCUCGCAACUAGGGAAGGAGGUGGAGGACUCUCUCACCUCGUUAGCGGAUCUCGUGCAACAUGGUGUGGCUAGGGCGAUGUCCAGAAAACAUGAUCACGAGGGCGGCGGCAUCGACAGCAUAACCAUCUCCACAGGCGGCCAAGGCCAGAAAAAGAUGAAGAAGAAAAAGCAAAAGCCCGCAAAGAUCCACCUGGUCCACCCAGUCAUGAUGCAGGAGAUGGAGCCCAAAGGUCGGGCGUUCGGGCGGACCCAGUCCUGGGUCAUAGGAGAGAAUGCCACGAGGAAGGGCAGGGGGAUGAUGGAGGAUUUCUUGAGCAUGGGGGAUAAGGCGCUGGAUGCCGUGGCAGAGCAUGCCGUGAAGAGUGAUGAAGAAGAGAAUGGGAUUGCGGAUAAAAGUGGAGUCGAAGAGCAAAGAGGCAAAAAGAAGAAGAAGAAGAAGGCCAUCCUGAAGCUACUGAUCCUCGGAGCCGUGCUGAAAGCCAAGAUCGGGACAUUGCUGCAAAUUCUGUCCUUCAAAUUGCAGGUUAAAUUCUUCAUUCUGGCGCUGAUCGGUCUGGGCAUCAACUUGGCGCGGUUCUGGAUCGACGUGAAGAAACAGCAUCAACCCCCGCAGAAGGUGAUAUACUACGAGCACGCGCAGCACCAGCACCACUAUGAUCAUGAGGAGGAGCCCGGCUGGGGCCCGUGGUCCCGCACCAUGGACCCUGCUGACGAUUCCGAUUUGGAUGACAUCGGCUCGAACAACCCGUACAGAGGGCAGGAGAAGCCAGCGACUUAUAUCCGACCUCUUCUCACCCGGGUCUAGACGUAUGCUUGUCUCUUUCCCUCUAGUCCCAGUAGCUUCGUUGUUCGGUAUUCGGUAAUUUACGAUGUAUUCCUAUUCGUCCCCGCUAGGUACAGAUGGGAAUAGGUGUAUGAAUGAGGUUCAUAUGAAUUAUUCCCAUCUGUCCCCGCCUCAUGUAUGAGUAACGGUAACGUGGUGCGGGGACAAAUGGGAAUAUACCGAACUUACCCUUGUUUGAUAUAUGUUUUGGGAUAUUUCGUCUAUUGGAUAAUACGGGAAAAAAUCGGCUUAUAACUGACUGACAACUUCACAGUUUCGGAAUUAUCUGUCAGUCGGAAUUAUCCCAAAAGUUUUAAUUUGAAAAGGGUCAGUAACCAAAAACAACAGACAUACUGAGAUUACAGUUCUAUCUACAGUCACUUUAGGUUUUAAAACUAGAGUACUAAUAUAAGGUAAUUUAUUAAGAUAACGGUACUAAUAGCAUUCUUAGGUAUAGUAAUCAAGUUUACCAAAAAAAUCCAUUUAUUAUUUAUUCUAAUGUUGUCCACCCGUUUGACGUUUACUACAUUACCAACAUUGGGUAAAGAUCGAAUAAAAUAAUGUUUGUUUAUUUUUUUCACGACAAAAUCGUAUUACUAAAUCUACUUCUAAACAAGUAACAACUAAAUAGUUGUGUAAACUACAUAAGAACAACUUUUUGCAAAGGCAAAUAAUUAUGGUAAACAUAGGGUAAGAUAGGACGCUAUAAUAGAUGUCCUAUAUCCUAUGGAUGAGUAGCUACAUACGUACGUCUUAUGUUCGAUCUUGCCUCAUGUUAUAACUUUUUAAUUGUACCGUGUUUUGUUUUGUAUUUAACUUUUUUUAUUAUUCUGUUUCUACUUUAUUUUAGUUUAAAUUAUUUAUUUCGACCUAAGUUAUUUAUUGUUACUUUAAGAACGUGUACAAAAUAAUGUAGAUUCUAUCGAAUCAUUAGAAUAUUAGCUACU